CCUGGGUGCGGUUUACACAUCGCUCCAGCCGCGCCUUUUCCUGUCACAACGGAACGGCUGUGCGUAAAGACGGCGGGUCAGCUGACAGCUAUCAGAGAACCGGGAGGAAGGAGCGGAAUUAGCGGGUGUGUGAACUGGGAAGAGACUGGAACCUGGCAGAAGCUAUAUCCGAGGACAAACGGGGAGCGAAAGACUGGUGGCGUUCGUGAGAGAACUGGGUCUCUCGCUCUUCUCAUGCCGGGUUUGGUUUCACCAUGGCCAGUUGGGACUGAGAAGCAGCCAAAAUGAUCGGAGGAUUGUUCAUCUACAACCACAAGGGGGAGGUCCUCAUCUCCCGGGUCUACCGAGACGACAUUGGGCGUAACGCGGUCGAUGCGUUCCGUGUGAACGUGAUUCACGCCCGGCAGCAGGUUCGAUCCCCGGUGACCAACAUCGCCCGCACCAGCUUCUUCCAUGUUAAACGCUCAAACAUCUGGUUGGCGGCCGUCACCAAGCAGAAUGUCAACGCCGCCAUGGUGUUCGAGUUCCUUUACAAGAUGUGUGAUGUCAUGACGGCCUACUUUGGCAAGAUCAGCGAGGAGAACAUCAAGAACAACUUUGUGCUCAUCUACGAGCUGCUGGAUGAGAUCCUGGACUUUGGAUACCCCCAGAACUCAGAGACUGGAGCUCUGAAGACCUUCAUCACCCAGCAGGGCAUUAAGGGACAGCACCAGACAAAGGAGGAGCAGUCUCAGAUCACCAGCCAGGUGACGGGGCAGAUCGGCUGGCGUCGGGAAGGCAUCAAGUAUCGCCGCAAUGAGCUCUUCCUGGACGUCCUGGAGAGCGUCAACCUGCUCAUGUCACCACAAGGCCAGGUCCUGAGCGCCCACGUGUCGGGCCGAGUAGUGAUGAAGAGCUACCUGAGCGGGAUGCCCGAGUGCAAAUUUGGCAUGAACGACAAGAUUGUCAUCGACAAGCAGGGCAAGGGAGGAACGACGGAGGACACAGGGAAAAGUGAUUUAGGGGGAGGAAGCAGCGGGAAGCAGUCCAUAGCCAUCGACGACUGCACCUUCCACCAGUGUGUGCGCCUCAGUAAGUUUGACUCGGAGCGUAGCAUCAGCUUCAUCCCCCCCGAUGGAGAGUACGAGCUCAUGAGGUAUCGCACCACUAAAGACAUCAUCCUGCCGUUCCGAGUUAUUCCUCUGGUCAGGGAGGUCGGCCGCACUAAACUGGAGGUUAAGGUGGUCAUCAAGUCCAACUUCAAACCCUCGCUGCUGGCCCAAAAGAUCGAGGUGCGUAUCCCCACGCCCCUCAACACCAGCGGCGUGCAGGUGAUUUGUAUGAAGGGAAAAGCGAAGUACAAGGCCAGCGAGAACGCCAUUGUCUGGAAGAUCAAACGCAUGGCUGGGAUGAAGGAGUCUCAGAUCAGUGCUGAGAUCGAGCUGCUGCCGACCAACGAUAAGAAGAAAUGGGCCAGGCCUCCCAUCUCUAUGAACUUUGAGGUUCCCUUCGCUCCCUCCGGUCUGAAGGUGCGCUACUUGAAGGUGUUCGAGUCCAAGCUCAACUACAGUGACCACGACGUCAUCAAAUGGGUGCGCUACAUCGGCCGCUCCGGCAUCUACGAAACCCGCUGCUAAAGCCCCCUCCCCGCUCCCCCCAUCAUGCACCCCCACCACCUUCUCACCCCUUCCUAACUACGUGUUGGAGAUUGAAUUGACAUCGUAUGAAAAAAAGAGAAGUAAAUGAUAUACUGCACAGAUAUAUGCAAAAUGUGAACCAUUGUACCGUAUAUAUCUCGUAGUGGUGAGUAAAAACCUGUAAACCAACUGGUGUCCGAAAGAAACAAGACGUGAUGCAGGUGGGGACCAGGGGGUGGGGACUGAGGCACCUCUGGGUGUCCCUCAGGGUCGCUCUCUUGUGUUUAUUCCACCAUCUACUCUCCAGUUACUUUAGAAGUCCUAGAGGGAAUCCCGGUAGCUGUUGUGGUUUAAAUGAGUACCGAAAGUCCCUGGAUAUGAACUUCUGUCUCAGUAGAGUCUACCCUUUAAGGUCCAGAUGCAGUGACUGAUUGUGUAUUGUGGACUGAUUGAUAUUGAUCUGUUAUUUUUAGUCAAUUUGGAUCAAAAGUCUCAUUUCAAAGUCUCUUAGGGAUGUUUCAAAAAGACAAUGAAUUGAUAGUGGCUGAACUGUUUUUGUACUUUCUGGAGAGUGUAUUGUUUUUUUUCCCCCUUGCUAUUUUUCCAAUACUAGUGAGCAACAUUAAAGAAAAAAUGACCAUUCCAGUUUUGCGGUCUGAACAUCAUCCCCUCCUGAGAUCUACUUUGUCACACUGGUUUGAUUCAAAUAUGUGUUUGGGGGAAAUCAGUGUGUGUGCAGCGAGGUGAGGUCUCCCCCUGGUGGUCCUCCUCGUCACUGUCUGCCUCUUCAUGUUUUUAGCCCUGGUGACCGUUCUGUCCAAUAAAAUCUGACUAUGUAACCAA